AUGGCAUCAAGCGGACGUAAUGAGGUGCGACUACCGGACUAUGAGCCGCUGGGAAAUGAGGUCGACGAGCCUGAACUAGAGCCGUCGUCCCCAAGGGCGGCCUCACAUCGAAGAACCGUGAGCAAUAGGGGAGACGAAACCCACGAAGCACUGGAGUCACAGGAGAAACAGACACUCAGUUCGCCGGAUUGGUUUGCUUGGGAGUUGGCUGGAGUCGUGGUUUCCGCUGCCAUCCUCGCUGCAAUGAUCUGUCUACUCGCCGUCUACGACCAACAGCCCCAGCCCGGCUGGCACUAUUCCUCGUUGAACUCGAUCGUUGCGUGGCUCAGCACUCUCUCCAAGGGGAGCCUCUUGUUCGCCGUGGGUGAGAUGAUUGGACAGCUGAAGUGGGUGUGGUUCGCACAGCAGAAGCGACCGCUGAUAGACUUGCGCUCCUUGGACUCUGCCAGUCGCGGUCCUUGGGGAAGUCUGGGGCUCCUUUGGACCCUGCGUGCCCGACACUUUGCAAUUCUGGGUGCUCUCGCAUUCAUUCUCGCCUUGGGGUUCGAUCCAUUUUCUCAGAAUAUGAUCCAUACCUAUCCCAACAUGGUCACAGACCCUCUGGGAACAGCAUUACUGGCCAAUGUCUCCGUAUACAAUACUUCGGGGCCCCAGAUGUACGACGAUUCGUUCACAUUUGUCGAUCCCGUGCUCAAAGCUAAUGUGUACAAUUCACUCUUCAACAACGACCAAACCCGGACUUGGGCCAUCCCACAGUAUUCCUGCCCCUCGAGCAACUGUACAUGGGAUCCAAUAGCCUCGCUUGAGAUCCGCUCCCUUUGCGCUAACAUAACAAGCUACCUGACGACCUCAUGCUCUAGCAUCCCCAGCAAUGCCUCCCUAGGUGAUACAAAUUGUACUAUAGCCCUCCCGAAAAGCAAUGUGUCGGCAUGGUACAUGCCUGGUGUACCCCAACUCACUCCAUUUAUUGUUGAGGGAGUAGGUUUUGCGGAAGCCUUGGUGUAUACCAACGCCAGCAUAUAUGCCAUCCAAUACAUCGCCCCACGAGCCAAUAUUUCCCUAAUUGAGCAAGGGAGCCUGGAUAACCAGUCCCACUGGGAGGCCACCGAAUGUUCCAUUGAGCCGAUAGUGCGAAGCUUCCGUGCGUCGGUUUCCCAGAACACCUAUAGUGAUGAGACCCUUGCUGUAUGGAACAAUGCAACGUUGCAAGCAACUGCUCUCUCCCCGAGUCUUCCUAUCGGAGUCUAUCUUACCCCGUCAUCAUGGGGCACCGAUCUUGGCGUGCAGCAGUCCGGGAAUGGCUCCACGUCCUUCGUGCUGGGUGCGGUGGCUGACACCUCCAUUACUGCUUUUCUGGAAGCCCUCUUCUCGGGACAAGCCGUCCGCAGCACGACACAGCUGGAGUUUAUUCCAGAUGUAGAGGCACAUUUCGGAGCUUUAGACCUCUAUGCUGGAUCAGAUGUACUCCAAGCGCUGGGGAUGGGAAAUAUCACAGGCUGCAGUGACAACCUCGCCGACCGGCUGACCUGUGCCAUGGAGAACGUUGCCGUGGCAAUCACAAAGACCAUACGCGAUUCGGCAUACGUAGCGGACCCCGCGACGGCGGCCAUGGCAUCCGGACAAAGCAUGAUCAGCGUAACGUAUAUCACCGUACAUUGGCGGUGGGUGGUUCUCCCUCUGGUGGUCUGGAUCUUGGGGGCGGUGUUGGUAAUUGGGACUCUUUGGAAAACGCGUCGAGCACGGGUACCUGCUUGGAGAAAUGAUGUUAUGCCUCUCUUAUCCCUUUCUCAGGCCGAGGGUUGGCGGGAGUCGGAUGCGUCGUUGGAGGGGGCAGCUGGACGGGUGAGUAGUCCUAUGAUGGCAAGACUGUAUGAGGAAAAUGGCCGAGUCUUUCUUGGUCGCUAG